AUGAACGUGAUUGCAAGAACCCCGGUUGCCGCUUCGCUUGCUCCUGCGGGCAUGCCGGCCGAGCUUUUCAAGAUGCCAUCGCGUAUAUUUGUAGCUGAGGUACUCGACCAACGCCGACCCAAUGUAGUGAUGUUCUGGUUGGCGGCGCAGGUCGAGGAGAUCGGUAGCGAUCACCGCUCACUACUGUGCCGAGAGUAA